GUUCGCUUCUUGGUUACAGUGGCGAAAAGGAAAACUGAAGACAAAAGAAAAAGAAAAAAAAACACAGAAAAGAAAAAAAAAACACAGAAAAGAAAAAAAAGCGGAGAUACAAGUAUCCUGAACAUGAUUGGUCUCUCUCCCAUCUGUGACCUCUGCAAUUUCUCUCGAGCAAAACCCUAAUUUCAGGUUUGGGGCUUCCUUCUCUCACUGUCAAUAUUGAUGCAAAUUUGUGAUUCUGUGAUUAGAAUGAGUGCUAAUGAUCAAACUCGAUCUGGCUCCGGCAAUGGAAACGGCAAUGGCAACGGUGAGGGUAUUCUCGGGAUUCCAGACGAUUUACGGUGCAAGAGAUCUGAUGGUAAACAGUGGAGGUGCACUGCAAUGUCCAUGCCUGAUAAGACCGUGUGUGAGAAGCACUACAUCCAGGCCAAGAAACGGGCUGCUAAUUCAGCUUUUCGAGCGAGCCAGAAGAAAGUGAAAAGGAGAUCAUCAUUAGGUGAAACAGAUACAUAUUCCGAAGGGAGAGUCGAUGAUUUCGAGAUACCAAUCACCAGCACUGAGCAAUAUAGUAACGGUGCUGCCUCUGCUUCCAAAAAUGAUAGCUUUAGAGAGAAGAGACAUGAUAAAAGCCUGAUUCGAUACGCGCCCGAGACACCUAUGAUGAGGAGUUUCUCUCCACGUGUUGCUGUGGAUUUGAACGAUGAGUUGGCUGGAGAUGCUGAAAUGUUUGAAGAGAGCUACAGAUCCUUUAGGACACGACCAACUGCUGCUAUAAACAUAUCACAGCAAAGCAUGAGUCCUAUGGAAUAUUCAGCAGCAAGCACAGAUGUGUCUGCAGAGUCUUUGGGGCAAAUUUGUCAUCAAUGCCAGAGAAAAGAUACAGAGAGAAUAAUAUCUUGCCUCAAAUGCAGUCAAAGAUCCUUCUGCGACACUUGUAUAUCGACACAGUACUCUGAGAUAUCACUUGAAGAGGUCGAGAGAGAUUGUCCUGCGUGUCGUGGUUUGUGUGAUUGCAAACACUGCCUGCGUGCUGAUAAUACAAUAAAGGUGCGGAUCCGGGAAAUACCUGUUUUGGACAAGUUGCAGUAUCUUUAUCGUCUAUUAUCAGCUGUCCUUCCAAUGAUAAAGCAGAUCCAUGUUGAACAAUGUACAGAAGUAGAACUAGAAAAGAGGCUUCGUGGAGCUGAGAUUGAUCUUCUCAGGGCAAGAUUGAAAGCCGAUGAGCAGAUGUGCUGCAACGUGUGCCGGAUACCAGUUGUUGACUACUACCGUCAUUGUUCCAACUGCUCAUAUGACCUGUGCCUGAGAUGCUGUCAAGAUCUACGCGCUGAGUCUUCGGUUGAGAUUAGUGGCACUAACCAAAACAUAGGAGACAAAACAGGAGUUCCUAAACUAAAACUCAACUUUUCACACAAGUUUCCUGAGUGGGAAGCCAACGGUGAUGGGAGCAUCCCCUGUCCUUCUAAGGAAUAUGGAGGCUGCGGUUCCCAGUCUUUGAACCUCGCUCGCAUUUUCAAGAUGAAUUGGGUUGCAAAGCUUGUGAAAAACGCAGAGGAGAUGGUUAACGGCUGCAAGGUAUCUGAUCUUCAGAACCCUGAAUUGUGUGAUUCCAGAUUCUGCAAAUUGGCUGAGAGAGAAGAGAGCGGUGACAACUUUGUGUACAGCCCGUCACUUGAAACGGUUAAAUCUGAUGGAGUAGCUAACUUUGAGAAACAGUGGGCAGAGGGUCGGCUUGUUAUUGUGAAAAGGAUACUUGAUGAGUUAUCUUUAUCUAGAUGGGAUCCUGAGACUAUUUGGAGGGAUAUAGACGAGAUCUCAGAUGAGAAACUGAAAGAACAUGAUCCAUUCUUGAAGGCCGUAAAUUGCUUGGAUGGGUCAGAGGUUGAUGUAAGACUUGGAGAGUUUACAAAAGCAUAUGGAGAUGGAAGAAACCAAGAGACAGGUCUUCCACUAUUGUGGAAGUUAAAGGACUGGCCGAGCCCUAGUGCUUCCGAGGAGUUCAUAUUCUACCAGAGACCUGAGUUUAUCAGAAGAUUUCCGUUUCUUGAGUACAUACAUCCCCGGUUAGGCCUUCUGAACGUUGCAGCCAAGUUGCCUCAUUACUCACUUCAAAACGAUGCAGGUCCAAAGAUUUGUGUGUCUUGUGGGACAUACAAAGAAACUGGUGCUGGCGAUUCAUUCACCAGUAUUCACUACAGCAUGCGAGACAUGGUAUAUCUCUUAGUGCACACAUCUGAAGGAAAUAAAUUAGAAAGUGUGAGAGAGACGAAGCCUGGUCCAGGAGAGCCCGAUGAGGAGAUGGGGGAAAAUGAGUCACUUGUUAGCCCUGAGGAAAAACAAAAGGACGCAGAGUUAGAUGAUCUAUCACUUGGUAGAGUCAAUACGGAGAAGAAUGAAUCUGAGAUGAUGUUGAGUGUCAAUCCAGAGAACAUAACGGAUCAAGUUCACAACAUGGAAUCCUCUUGUAUGUCUUUAUGUGCAGGAGGAUCCCAGUGGGAUGUGUUUCGACGCCAAGACGUUCCAAAGCUGGCCGAGUAUUUGCAGAGAACAUUCCAGAAGCCCGAUAGUUUUCAAGCUGAUUUUGUGUCACGUCCGUUGUAUGAAGGAUUGUUCUUAAAUGAAGACCACAAGAGACAACUAAAAGACGAGUUUGGAGUUGAGCCAUGGACGUUUGAGCAACGUCGUGGUGAGGCCAUCUUCAUUCCGGCUGGAUGUCCAUUUCAAGUCAGAAAUCUUCAGUCGAAUGUUCAGGUGGUGCUCGACUUCUUGUGCCCUGAAAGCGUUGGAGAGUCGGCAAGACUAGCUGAAGAAAUCCGGUGUUUACCGAACGACCAUGAAGCAAAACUUCAGAUUCUAGAGAUAGGAAAGAUAUCGUUAUACGCAGCGAGCUCAGCCAUCAAAGAGGUUCAGAAACUGGUCUCGGAUCCAAAAUUUGGAGCAGAGCUUGGUUUUGAGGACCCUAACUUAACCAAAGCAGUCUCCAACAACUUGGAUAAAGCAAUCAAGCGGCCGCAGCAAAUCACCUGCACGUGAUCAGUCGAGAUUUGUACAGUAGUAUUAACAUUGUUGUGACUUUAGCUUAAACUACUAUUCAGGAUUUGUAUGUAUCUGUGUAUAUGCUUUAUUGAUCAUUUAAUUGUAUGCAUGAGCAUCAUC